UUGUUCUCACUGUUAUGGCGGCGCUCUUGGGGAAUCCUGUUUUUUUAGACCUACAAAAACACGUUUACUAAUAACAACAACAACAACAACUUUUAUUUAUAAAACGCCUCUCCAAACUCUUUUAUUUGCUUUGUUUCAUUUUUAUGGAAUGGAGAAGAAGAAAUUCAAUAUCAAUUUGGAUGAUUCUAUUUUUUCUAAAGAAAAAACACCGGUGAAACCCUUAUUUAAACCCUCAGGAAAAGGUGGAGAGGGGGCAAAUGCAACUGAAGCUUUGAAUCCUCCAGUGGGUCUCGCAUCUGGCCAGACGCUAUCCUACGCACAAUUUAUCGUCCAGCGGAAUGCUGCACCUCCCUUACCAACUGCACCCCAACCCCAGAGGGAGGACCCUGCUCCGGUGGGUGGAGGUGGAGUUGCUGGGGUGUCGGUGGCCAAGCAGGAUGGGAAGCCUGAAAAUUGUACAGUCGAGACUGAGGUAUUGGAACAUGGGCAGUGUCAGACCAAGAGCCUGCCUGCAGAGGAGCAGCUGAAAAAGGGAGCUCUGUCUGAACAGAAUGAGCCCCAAAGAGAAGAAUCUAGCUCCACCAGUGUCGUGAAACUGCCGGGUACUGGGAACAGCAUUGUGGUUAGCCCCAGACAGAGAGGUAAUCCUGUGCUGAAGUUUGUGAGGAACGUUCCAUGGGAGUUUGGCGAUGUUGUCCCUGAUUAUGUCUUGGGUCAGACAUCUUGUGCUCUAUUCCUCAGCCUGAGAUACCACAAUUUGAAUCCAAACUACAUCCAUGACCGGCUGAAGCAGCUGGGCCAGUCAUACACCUUGCGAGUGCUGCUGGUUCAGGUUGAUGUGAAAGACCCCCACCAUGCGCUAAAAGAUCUGGCACGGAUUUGUAUUCUGGCUGACUGCACACUCAUUUUAGCCUGGAGCCCUGAAGAGGCUGGCCGGUAUCUAGAAACUUACAAAUCCUACGAGAAGAAGCCAGCUGACCUUCUAAAGGAACACGUCGAACAAGACUUCUUGUCUAAGGUGACCGAUUGUUUGACAACAGUGAAGUCUGUAAACAGGACGGACGCGCUGACUCUGCUGUCAACAUUUUCUUCUCUAGAUGGUAUAAUGAAAGCUUCCAAAGAGGAUUUAACUGUCUGUCCAGGACUUGGACCCCAGAAGGCCCGGCGACUCUAUGAUGUCCUACACCAGCCCUUUUUCAAAACAAAAAAAAGAACAGAAACUUAGUAGCAUCUCCUUUUUAAUAUUUGUUUUACAUGAUAAAUCUAACUGUCUAAGAUGCAGAAUGAGUUUUAAUGUUUACUGCACGUCAUUUGCCAGUGACCUUAUGUUUUUGUGAUCCAUGGCUGACAUUGUCAGUAGUGCACCAGUCACAUCUGGACUGGCACCCAUAAAGCCAAGAGCCAAGACAGGCGAGAAUUGAAGAAAAGCUCUACAAGUCUUUUAACAUCUCUCUGUAGUGGCUUGAUCGUAAUUUUUCUAGCAAAAUGCAUUAGCAUAUUUAGAAAACCAUCAGUGUUGCAAGUCGUCGUUAUACUUACUAGUAGCACAGGCUAUAAAACAAGUGGAAAUUAACUUUCAGGUAUUAUUUGACCUUUGUCCAAAGGAUAUCUAGUUGACUUAUAAGGACCAAGUUUAUUAAAAAGUGUAUUAGGAGCAAUGUCUUCCUUUUUUUGGUUAAUAUAAAUCAGAUAUUCCAAUUCAUUGUCAGAACAUUCAGCAUAUAUUUAAAAUGCAAUGUUUUGCCUUAAGUAGUGCAGAAAAUGUUAACUUAUUUUGGAAAGGCAAGAGGAGGCAUAAUGAAGAUCCGAAUAAGCCUGGAGGUCUGCGUAGUUAGAUAAUGUUAUUAUUUGAGAGAACUGUUUCUUUCCACAUUUAAAAUAUGGAUAUAUCUUUACCUUGAUUGAUGGGGAAUUAACAAAUAUUUAACAUUCUUAUUAUGGAUUCAUGAGAAAUCAAUUUCAAUAAAGUUUUUUUUCUGUAUCA